GAUUCUCAACCGGUGAUGCUGGUCACUUGCAACGGGAUUUUAUUCUAUUAACAUCACUUGACGGCAUCUCAGACACUAUUACACCGUCUCAUACUCAUCGUAACGCGUGUUUACAAUGCUCCAGUCGCGGGACCAGCCGAAGCAUCACCAAAUAAAUACACGGUCGGGGUGCGUCAAGAACAGGCCCAAAGUUGACCAAUACCGGGGGUUGCCGAGUUGCCACAAGUGUUACCCUAUAUACCCGGCCAUGAUAAACCCCGCUGACGUUUGGAGAGGCAGAGGAUUGAAUAUCAGUAUCAAGAUUGUUCAAGGAUAAGGAAUCACAAGAUAUCCCCGCAAGCAAAAUGCCCUCCACCGUUGCAGAAACUGAGCCCGUGUCCACGGCCACGAGCAGCUUGAACACCGCACGCACAGCGGAUGGAGGCGUGGUAAGGCUGCACAGAAUCCCCGAGUUCCCUACGAAAGAGGGGAAGAGACAAUGGCAGCUGCAGCAGAUGGCUGGGGCAUUCCGUGUCUUUGCAAAGCUCGGAUUUGCCGAUGGAGGGAGCGGACAUAUUAGCUUGAGAGACCCUGUCCGGCCAGACACGUUCUGGAUCAACCCGUACGGCAUACACUUUGGACUAUUGACUGUUUCCGACAUGGUGCAUAUCGACGAGGAUGGAAACCGCAUUGGCGGCGGCGACAAGCCCGUCAACACAGCCGGCUUCAUCAUCCACGCAGCCCUCCACAAGCGGAGACCAGAUAUCAACGCCGCGUGCCAUCUGCACAGCCCGUAUGGCCGAGCGUGGUCGACAUUCGGAAAGCCCAUCGACAUGCUCAACCAGGACAGCUGCAUGUUCUAUGACGACCUCGCCGUGUACGCAAACUUUGGCGGUGUUGUCUUCGCCAAAGAGGAGGGCGGCCGCAUUGCCGAUGCUCUUGGCCCAUCCAAGAAAAAUGUCAUUCUCCAAAACCACGGCAUACUAACGGCUGGAGGAACCAUUGGAGAGGCUGCUGCCUUCUUCAUUGCUCUGGAGCGAGCGUGUCAAACACAGUUGAUGGUGGAGGCUGCUAUCGCUCCCAACGGUUCUAGUUUGAAGAAGACACUGGUGAGCGACGAGGAGGCGAAGUAUACCAAGCAAGGGACUGGCACUCCGGAAGUCAUGUAUAUGCAAUUUGAGCCGGAGUACCAGCAUAUUCUGAAGGUAUCUGGAGGCGACUUUCUUCUGUAAUUAGUUUGCCUGUACUUCGGAGUGAGUGCCGACUAGUGGGACUGUCGUGUCGAAUUAUCUCAUGAGAUCAAUCAUUU